CGAUCCAUCCUUCCCAUAUUUGCUAGAGCGCUAUUUCCAAACCAGCGGAAUCGUCUCUGUGUUCGGCGGGUGUCUCGUCUCCGUCGUUUUCCACAUUCUCGACGUCGACAAUUUCGUUCCCACUUCUCCUUCUUCUUCGCCGUCCUCGUUAUAAAUUGAAUCUCUCUCUCUCUCUCUAUAUAUCUCUUUCUCUUUCACUCUCUUCUUAUUGUCGCUGUGUAUGUGAUGCGCGCGGGCGCUGGUGCGGGGAGGUGAUCUCGUCGGAAGCAUGGGCGUGGAUCUGGAGUCGCUGGCGGAGGCGACGUCGGGGGCGGUGGGGUCGCUGCUGAGCACCACCAUCCUGUACCCGCUCGACACCUGCAAGACUAAGUACCAGGCCGAGGGCCAAGCCCACGGUCAACAGAGAUACAGGCAUCUGUCAGAUGUUCUCUGGGAGGCAAUAUCCAAUGGCCAAGUGCUCUCACUAUACCAAGGCUUAGGGACCAAAAACCUGCAAUCUUUCAUUGCUCAGUUUGUUUACUUCUAUGGAUACAGCAACUUUAAAAGAUUAUACCUAAAAAGGACUGGUUAUAAGUCAGUUGGAACAUCAGCUAAUUUGGUUCUGGCUGCUGCAGCUGGUGCUUGCACUGCCAUUAUUACUCAGCCCCUGGAUACAGCCGCUGCCAGGAUGCAAACUAGUGCCUUUGGGAAAUCCAAGGGCCUUUGGCAGACCCUUACUGAGGGUGAUUGGACUCAUGCGUUUGAUGGUCUUGGGAUCUCCCUUUUGCUGACUUCUAACCCUGCGAUUCAGUACACAGUCUUUGAUCAGCUCAAGCUAAGACUCUUGAAAGGAAAACAGAAUAAAACAGACAAGGGUUCAUCACCUGAAUCACUUUCUGCAUUCUCAGCUUUUGCCUUGGGUGCGCUUUCGAAGAGCAUCGCCACUAUUUUGACUUAUCCCGCAAUAAGGUGUAAGGUCAUGAUUCAAGCUGUCGAUUCUAGUGAAAAUGGAACAGAAACAGCUAAGAAGAAACCUCGCAAAACAAUUCCUGGAAUCAUGCUCGCCAUAUGGAAUAGAGAAGGCUUUCUGGGUUUUUUCAAGGGAUUGCGAGCUCAAAUUUUGAAGACCGUGUUGAGCUCUGCUUUGCUUUUAAUGAUUAAGGAAAAGAUUAGUGCAACCACAUGGGUUCUUAUGCUUGCAUUAAGGAGAUCUCUGCUGCUCACGAGGGGCGGACUAAAAAGUGCUUGAGAGGGAAUGGAUAACUUGGAAUACUGAUGGACCUAUGUAAAAUAAUGUUGUAGGCAGGGAACCUAUAAAGCCUUAUUCAGAACUGCAUUUGCGGAGACUGUCACAGGUGAUGAUGGAAUCAUCUUCUUGUGGAGUAGCCAGAGUCGGGACUCUCCAUAUAUUGGGGAAGAAUACAAGCAGACUGCGGUUUCAUCUGAAGAACUCUGAAAUCACGAGGAAUAAGAAUAUGCUGAUCAUGAUCUUGCCGCUAAUAAAGCAUAUGCCUUGCCAAACGUUGGCAUUGUGAUGGUGAACUUGUGACUUGUGAGGUUAUCAUUAUUUUUUAAUGUGGUUUUUGUCCCUUGAAAGGACAAAUUAAUUGCUCUUGUAGAAGUUGUUUAGAUACUUGUGUUCAUAAUAGUUUCUGUCUGUGUUGGAUUUUGAAUUUCCUCAGCGAAGGCAGUUUAGUAGAUAUUCGUCUUGACU